UGCUCGAGGCAUUCAAGAGAUGGCGCUGAUUUUUCAAUUUUUAUUUUACCUUUUUCUUAUUAUUGUCUCUUUUUAUACUUUUGACUUAUGAUUGACGGACAAGAUAUCGGAUAUUAAUUGAAUGUUUUUAUUAUUUUUCUGUCGAAAUUAAAAUGCUUUAAUUUCGUUAAUAUAAAUUUAUUAAAAUAAAAAAUGGAAACAAUACGACCUUGUGGUUGUAAGGGAAUAAGAUCUUGUCUUUUAUGUGAAACGGAAUAUAAGAUUGUAAAACCCAAUCUAAAAGCUUGUUUUGAGAAAUGUUCUAGUUAUGUAUAUUGUCCAUAUUGUGAAAAAGCAUGGCCUGGUUGGAAUCUUGAUCUUUACAAGAAUCAUCCAAAUCAUCAAGGAACUGCUAUAGAAUUUCCUGGUGUUUAUAUAAAGCUAGACUUUCUAACUUCUUGGGAAAUUAACUCAUUGAUCAAUAUACUUGAAGAAAUACCUUGGGAAGCUUCUCAAAGUGGAACAAGGAAGUCAACUUUUUUUCAAAAAGUUAUUCAUGUGGCAUAACGCUUAGUCCAAAGCCGUGCUAUGCGAUCGUGCUCUUCUCUAUUUUGUAGA